AUGUUGGAUGGGCAAAGACACAUCUUUUUACAGAUAUUCCGGACAAAUCCCCGCCAGCCAGUGUUCUACUUGGCAAGCGUUAUUCCUAGCCUUCGAAUUCCAAUAAGAAAACUGUACAUUGCGGCGGCACCUUUGAGAAAAAGCCGAGUCCCCGCUCUCUUCAACAAGAUCUAUAAAACUAUAGAUGAGAGAAUCGAAUCUCGAGUGUCGAAGCAUUUAACUAGAGAGGAAAUCACUGCUCAGUGCUUCGUGUUCCUUCUCGCCGGUUUCGAUACUACCGCCACGUCGUUAGCAUUUGUCACCUAUUUGUUGGCAAAACAUUCCUCGGUACAGAAACAUCUUCAAGAAGAAAUCGAUCAGUACUGCAAUCGUGAG